AUGGACCUGAUCUGGCUGCUGCUGCUCAGCCUGCUGGAGCCCGGCUGGCCGGCCGCGGGCCCCGGGGCGCGGCCGCGGCGGGAUGCGGGCGGCCGCGGCGGCGUCUACGAGCACCUCGGCGGGGCGCCCAGGCGCCGCAAGCUCUACUGCGCCACCAAAUACCACCUCCAGCUGCACCCGAGCGGCCGCGUCAACGGCAGCCUAGAGAACAGCGCCUACAGCAUCCUGGAGAUAACGGCGGUGGAGGUGGGCGUUGUGGCCAUCAAGGGGCUCUUCUCCGGGCGGUACCUGGCCAUGAACAAGAGGGGACGGCUCUACGCUUCGGAGAGCUACAACGCCGAGUGCGAGUUCGUGGAGCGCAUCCACGAGCUGGGCUACAACACCUACGCCUCCCGGCUGUACCGCACGGCGCCCGGCGGCCGCGGGGCCCGGCGCCAGCCCGGCGCCGAGAGACUGUGGUACGUGUCGGUGAACGGCAAGGGCCGGCCCCGCCGCGGCUUCAAGACGCGCCGCACGCAGAAGUCCUCGCUCUUCCUGCCCCGCGUGCUGGACCGCAAGGACCACGAGAUGGUCCGGCUGCUCCUGGGCGCGGCCGGGCAGCGCGGCGGCCAGGCCGGGCCUCCCGCCCCCGGCAGGGCCGCUUCCACGCGGCGGCGGCGGCGGAGGCAGCAGAGGCCGCGGGGCCGGGGAGGCCGAGCUUAG